ACCCGAGCACCGAUCAGCGACCGAUUAUCCCCGCCGAACUCUGUACUUCGCAGCCAGCCUCCCAUCUUACGUUCCCACCGCAAAACCGAUACGCAGAGUCCCCUCCGUUCUGUUGGAUUGAAGAUAAAUCUGUCCCAAAAUGAAACUCGUCAGAUUCCUUAUGAAGUGCAACAAUGAGACGGUAACCAUCGAGCUGAAAAACGGCACCAUCGUCCACGGCACGAUAACAGGGGUAGACAUGCAGAUGAACACGCAUCUGAAGACAGUCAAAAUGACCGUCCGGAACAAAGACCCAGUCAACCUCGAAACGCUCUCGAUUCGUGGAAACAACAUCAGAUAUUUCAUUCUGCCCGAUUCGCUGCCACUCGACACCCUGCUGGUCGACGACUCGGUGAAAAGCAAAGGACCGAAGAAGGAAGGAAAGCCGGCUGGAGGACGCGGACGUGGGACUCGAGGACGGGGCGGAAGAGGUGGACGGGGUGGAAGGGGACGAGGAAGGGGUUAAGCGGUUCUUGGGAUACCCGGGGAAGUGUCCGAAGGCGGUAAUGUUUCCCCAGGGUCUUUUAGUUGUAGGAGAGAACUGUCCGUCCGCGAAUCAUGCGUCUUCUGGAGAGGGCAUAUGACAACCGUAUGCCAUUGGCCCAGCUUAACCCUUUCUUUGGCGGCCGCUAUGCCGCAGGAAAGCUGGAGUUCCAUAUCCUGCGAAGAGCAUCCUUGGUUCCGCCUCUUGUGCAUGUAGCUCACAUUCUAGGUGCAGGAUAGCGUCUUUCUCCUCUUGUAUAUUGUUUAUAUAUUCUCCCUGAGCGUUGAUUCGGAUGUUCAACACUGUGCGUACCAUGGCAUACUCGGAACUCC